AACAAAUCAAGGGAAGAAAAGAAACAACGAAACAGAGCACAAUACAAGGAAAUCAAUCCUGCGAUUUCGAAGCAGAAGAAGGACAAGAACAAAAAACAUGUAGCAUGCCAUAAAAGCAGGAGCUCUUGUUCCUUGUCAUCUAGAAAGAAAUACUGUAGAUCUGGGUUAGCAAUGGCUCCUGGAAGCAGUGUUUUCAAAGAAGUUCUUGAAUCUCACCUGAUGUCUUCAGAUUAUGAAAUGGGAAAAGCUAAAUCUGAGGCCAAGAGUAACAGUACAUCUACAAAAUCUAGCAUUGGGUUGAGUGGAAAGAGUGGAAUUAGUUCAAACAAUGGCGUGUAUGAAUUACUUGGAUGCCCCGUUUGCAAGAAUUUGAUGUAUCCCCCAAUUCACCAGUGCCCAAAUGGCCAUACAUUAUGUUCCCAUUGUAAAGUUGAAGUCCAUAAUAUCUGCCCGUCCUGCCAUCAUGAUCUUGGGAAUAUAAGAUGUUUGGCUUUGGAGAAAGUGGCAGAAUCAUUGGAGCUUCCUUGCAGAUAUCAGAGUCUUGGUUGCCAUGAUAUAUUCCCGUACUAUACUAAGCUGAAGCAUGAGCAAAAUUGUGGAUUUCGUCCAUACAAUUGCCCCUAUGCUGGAUCUGAGUGCUCUGUGAUGGGUGAUAUUCCUACUCUUGUUGCCCAUCUCAAGGAUGAUCACAAGGUUGACAUGCAUGAUGGAUGCACCUUCAAUCAUCGAUAUGUCAAAGCAAAUCCACAUGAAGUUGAAAAUGCCACAUGGAUGCUAACUGUUUUCAAUAGUUUUGGAAGACAUUUCUGCUUGCACUUUGAGGCGUUCCAGCUUGGCUCGGCUCCAGUGUAUAUGGCUUUUUUGCGAUUCAUGGGUGAUGACAAUGAAGCAAAGAAAUUCAGCUACAGCUUGGAGGUUGGUGCAAAUGGGCGCAAACUUAUAUGGCAAGGAAUUCCAAGGAGCAUUCGGGACAGUCAUAGAAAAGUUCGAGAUAGUCAAGAUGGACUUAUAAUUCAGAGGAACCUAGCCCUUUAUUUUUCUGGUGGAGAAAGACAAGAGUUGAAGUUGAGAAUCACUGGUCGUAUAUGGAGAGAAGAAUGAGACAUGUAAAUAUAAUGUUAUUUAGAGAUGUAACCAUUGUUUUAAGAUUUUGCUCUCUGGCAAAGAAUGAAGCACUGUAUCUGCUUAAGUUAAUCUCUCCAUAGAUUUCUCUUUCAUUUUCCUUUUUGAACAAAACCAUGUGCUUCUGAAUCUGAAUAUUGGAAAUCAAACUUACACAGUUAAGUUUUUUUUUUUU